AUAAUAACCCACAUCUAAGAGGCAGAUUUGGUCUUAAGACACGCGUGUAAGCUAACACUAAACCAUAUAUUUACAUACAGUCGUGAUAAAAAAAAUGUUUAAAAAAUAUGUUUAAAUGUCAAUAUUUACAACUCACGCACGGCUCUGUUUCUUUGCAACGUGAUCUGGUGUCGAGAAGGAGACGUGAUGCCCUUCAGUCUGUUUCAAAACACACCAACCCACACAGGCAACACGCGUAGAACUAUAAUUUAGAAACUCGCAUUCUGUCCUCGAUUGCACUCCACGACGGCAGCCUUCCAGUGUCUCUGGCAGACUUAUUUCAAGCAACACAGUCUUGAAAAAACACACCACACCCGACAAAGAGGAACUUUGUGCUAGUAUAUAAUGCAGAAACUUAUGGCGUGUCUCCAUGACCCUCUCUGGGUUCAUCUCGUUCUCCUCGCCGUGGUGGUGGCCCAGGUUACUGCGUCUGCCUCUUUAUUUCUCCCACCAUCCAAGGAGGCUAUCCCCUUGGGCACAUUCGAAGGUCAACCAAACAAUCCGCCUGAUCUUCUAGGGCUGUACUGCAUCAACAAAACGAAGAAUCGGUCGCGUCACUGCAAAGAUUUACUGGAUGCCGGGGAUAAACACAACGGCGUGCGCAUGAUCUACCCCAAUCCUGAACAGCCAGAUCGCUACCUCAUGGUGUAUUGUGAUCAGACCACGGACGGCGGUGGAUGGACGGUCUUCCAGCGACGCACAAAUUCUUCCUGCAGCCGCGAAAACUUUAGCCGCUCCUGGGGGGAAUACAAAAUGGGAUUCGGGAACAUCGGAGGGGAGUUUUGGCUGGGCCUUGACGCUCUGCACUUACUGACCUCCGCAGCCAAACAAGAGCUGCGGAUCGACCUUGCAGACUGGGAAGGAAAUCAUCGAUAUGCCAAGUACAAGGGAGACGCGGGGGACAGCCUGGGAAAGGGCAAUCGCCUCGCCUCGCCUUUCUCAACCUACGACAACGAUAACGAUAACUUACCACAUGAAAAUUGUGCCGAACAUCACCGCGGGGGCUGGUGGUACUCGUCGUGUCAUUACUACUCCAGCCUCAACGGCUAUCAGUACAAGGGCAAGACCAUCACCAAGGGUGACGGCAUCAACUGGGAACACUGGAGGGGCUUCCACUAUUCCCUCCGGGACUCAGCCAUGAUGAUCCGGCCCCUGCCGUAUCGUGGGUCGUCGCGACGCCCCUGCCAUGACUGAUGUAGACUUUCUGGUUGACCAUUAGAAAUUAUUUGAUCCGCCUGCUGCUGAGUUGUCUCCUAUAACUUGGCACGUCUGCUGAAUCGCUACUGAUGUGACUUUUAGAUAAUGCUAUUAUUUUUCCCUGAUGUUGAAGGAACAAAGAAUGCACAAAAGUGAUGUGGUUUUAGUAAACCGACCGAUAUCUCUGUCAAGUGACACACACACACACACACACACACACACGCACACACACAUAAGGGAGAGAGAGAGAGAGAGAGAGAGAGAGAGAGAGUGUUUGAGAGAAUUACAUAGAAUUACAUAGAAAAUCAGACCACACAGACCCCAUGGUCCGGACUAGGUGGUCUGUCCUUAAACCUAAGUGACUUUACAUUAAUCAGAAGGCUCCAAAACGUUGCAUUUCUACUCUAGACCUUAGAGUACGGGUGGCGAGAUAAUUCUCUGGAUGCUAUGCACGGGGAAAAUUUAGACAUUUAAAAGAGGUGGAAAUGGUGUCUUUCUUCUUUCCAAUAAUUGUAUAUUCAUCUAGUAUAUAUGGUGGUGUAAUAAAACUUCUCUCCUAAUAAUAAUAAAAAAGUUAUGACAGCCCAAAAUAUUGCGCAUUUUCUCGUGGCCGUGAUG